UACAGCAUCGAUCACCAAAGGCUCCCUCAAACACUUCCCGCUGCUCCCUCCAACUGCAACUAGACCAGAUCGUCAACACGCAAAUUUAGCAAGAUGAAGAAGGCCACGUCACUCUCCGAGCUGGGCUUCGACGCCAACGGCGCCUCCGCGGGCUUCUUCCGCUCGGUGUCCGACGACGCCAUGGACGACUCCACGCCGACGUCGCACCACCGCCGGAGGCUGACCAAGGUGUCCGUCAUCGGCGCGGGCAACGUGGGCAUGGCCAUCGCGCAGACCAUCCUCACCCGUGACCUCGCCGACGAGAUCGCGCUGGUGGACGCGCUCCCGGACAAGCUCCGCGGGGAGAUGCUGGACCUGCAGCACGCGGCGGCGUUCCUCCCCCGCACGCGCCUCGUCUCCGACACCGACAUGUCCGUCACCAGGGGCUCCGACCUCGCCAUCGUCACCGCCGGCGCGCGGCAGAUCCCGGGGGAGACGAGGCUCAACCUCCUCCACCGCAACGUGGCGCUGUUCAGGAAGAUCGUGCCGGCGCUGGCGGAGCACUCACCGGACGCCAUCCUGCUAAUCGUCUCCAACCCCGUGGACGUGCUGACCUACGUGGCCUGGAAGCUGUCGGGUUUCCCCGUGAGCCGCGUGAUCGGGUCGGGAACGAACCUGGACUCGUCGAGGUUCCGGUUCCUCCUCGCCGAGCACCUGGACGUGAACGCGCAGGACGUGAACGCGUACAUGGUGGGCGAGCACGGCGACAGCUCGGUGGCGGUGUGGUCGACGGUGAGCGUGGCGGGGAUGCCGGUGCUCAAGUCGCUGCAGGAGAGCCACAGCAGCUUCGGCGAGGAGGCGCUGGAGGGCAUCCGCCGCGCCGUCGUCGACAGCGCCUACGAGGUGAUCGGGCUCAAGGGAUACACGUCGUGGGCCAUCGGCUACUCCGUCGCCAACCUCGUGUCGUCCCUGCUCCGCGACCAGCGACGCAUCCACCCGGUGUCCGUGCUCGCUUCCGGCUUCCACGGCAUCCCCGACGACCACGAGGUGUUCCUCAGCCUCCCCGCCAGGCUCGGACGAGCCGGCGUCCUCGGCGUCGCCGACAUGGACCUCACCGACGAGGAGACCAGGAGGCUACGCCGCUCCGCCAAGACGCUCUGGGAGAACACCCAGCUCCUCGGCCUCUAGGUCUAGGUUCUCGUCUGUUUCUGUAGCUGAUCAUCAUAUAUUUUGGGAGACGAAGGUAAAAGGAAGGAGUACACUCGUACUAGUUGAUUAUUAAUUUUUGUGCUGUAAAAUUAUGGAUGCAUGGAGCAAAGCAUUUGGUUCAUCGAUGAUCGUGCGAUGUAAUCAUUUGGUAGCUAGCUCUCAAUGCAAGUCUUGACACCAUUUGUUGUCUUAUGAAUCUGUAUAUGCAUUGCCUACCUUGUAAACUUGAUACAAUCAUAUGGAACAGUUUUAAUAAA